GAACUCUCCACUCGCUUAACUUUGCCACACAUAUACACUUGCUCUCUCUCUCUCUCUCUAUCGUCUUCGAAUUGAACCAUGUCGGACGACGAGCACCACUUCGAAUCAAGCGACGCCGGAGCUUCUAAGACUUAUCCUCAACAAGCCGGUAACAUCCGUAAAGGUGGUCACAUCGUCAUCAAGGGACGUCCCUGCAAGGUGGUUGAGGUAUCAACUUCAAAGACUGGAAAGCACGGUCACGCCAAAUGUCAUUUUGUUGCCAUUGAUAUCUUCACAUCUAAGAAGCUCGAAGAUAUCGUUCCCUCUUCCCACAAUUGUGAUGUUCCACAUGUGAACCGUGUUGAUUACCAGUUGAUUGAUAUCUCUGAAGAUGGCUUUGUGAGUCUUCUUACUGAUAAUGGUAGCACUAAGGAUGAUCUGAAGCUGCCAACAGAUGAAGCUUUGCUCACUCAGCUCAAGAAUGGAUUUGAAGAGGGCAAGGAUAUUGUUGUUUCUGUAAUGUCUGCAAUGGGAGAGGAGCAGAUGUGUGCUCUCAUUUUUUUUUUUUUUUGUCUUCUUAGUAAUUUUAAGCUCAUGUGUUUUCAUGUACGACACUUUUAUAUCUCUAUCUUACUAUUGGUUUUGGUUGUGGAGAAGUUACUGUUGGUGACAGGUCCAAACCGACUGUUAUACUAUGUGCAAUGUCAUAUUUUUAGAUCCUAAGGGGCCGGCCAUGUCAUUUUUUUAUUGUGGGUAUGUCAAUAUUCUUGUGUUCGAAUGCUAA